CGGAGAGACGGCGACGUAUAUUGCCCAAAGGCCGCUGCCCGCAACAUCCAUUUCUCUCCAACAAUAUUUUCCAAUUCAUCUCUUCAAUUUUCAAAUCUUGAAUCCAUAAUCCUCCUUUGUUUUCCAUUUCCCGCUGUUCUUCUUGUAAAUUACCUUCGAUUUGAACCAAAAAAGUUAUGGAAAUUCCAACAGAUCGAGGUUCAGAACCCCUGCUUCCGAUCCCUGUUUCGACGACUUCGAACUCAACCCUAGACCAUGGGAAUUCUACUCCCACUGCCUACAGUUGGCUAUUCGAGUGCCAUGGAUUUUGGUACAAACUGUUUCUGAUUGUCCCCAGUUUGCUAUUCGUUCUGUACUUGGCAUUUCGGGCGAGAAAGAGCUUGUCCAAGCUCUCCAAUGGCCGCUCUUAUAUCAUAGUUGCAUAUUACGGGACUCUCUGGAUCGUUACCUUGCUCAACUUCGCUUGGUGCAUGUUUCAGGCAUGGGAAUGCACCUCUGGGAAAGAAUUAGCAUGGAAUAUCUUGUCCUUAUCCACGACAUCGGGAAUGCUAUUCUUGGAAGUCAGUUUGUUGGCCUUUUUAUAUCAAGGAAAUCAUGUGGGCAGCGUAGAAGCCCUCGCACGAACUUUCAUCGUGUCAGGAAUUUUUGUUGGCCUGGACUUGAUUCUGAAGGCAAUUUAUUUGUUUGGUUUCGGAGUUCCAUUAUUCAUUUUAAGUGACGACAGUAAGCAUCGAACAAAGUGGAACUUGUNUUCUUCUAGAGUGGGCGUGUGA